GCGAGGGGGAUGCGAGGCAGUGGUUACGGACGGCGAGCGCCGCGACGACAGUAGUAACGGAUAGUAGUGCCGACCGCAGUAGUAACGGUUCGCUACUCGCGCGGCCCUUCAGCUCCGGCUCCGGUUUCCGGCUCCGGCUCCGCUGCGGCCGCCGCGACGACGAUCAAUCGAGCCGGCGGGGAAGGGUGCGACACGCUCGCGUACUCCGGGUCUUCAGAUUUCUCAAAAAGAAAGACCACCCUCAAACGUCCCGAAUCUGAAAAAGCUUCGACCGGCUGUGAGUCAAAGAGCGAGGCGAAGGAACAGGCCUAUAGGAGAGACAUCAGACUCCAAAGAUCGACUCCGAAGAGUUGUAGAGUUUGCUGCUUGAAAGUUUCGGAGGGUUGACCGCGUAACUCCGGAGCACAUCAAGCGGAAGGGACGCGGGAAUAUACCCCGUGCCGAAUUCGCGGGGGUUGAUUUUGGUCGCAGCGGUAGCGAGAAACGCGAGAGUCCGUCGUGCGGCCCCUUUCCCCAUUCGACUAUGUGCCGGCGUCUCGCGGGUACGAUCAGGACGCCGGGAUCGUCGCCGUCGGUGUACGACGUCGUCGCGACGACGGGACGCAAGACGUGAGACCCGUUUAUACGCGUCAGCUGUUUCGACGUAGGCCGCGAGGGACAAAAGAGAUCCACAAUGGCUCUGGUAAUGCUACCGUGUGACCUGCCUUGGUGGCCGGCUGUCGUGAAGCAGCUGGACAAGGCCGCCUCGGCCAAAAGCUCCGAAGACCUAAUAGACGCGAUGCAACGACUGCAUGACAUGUGCAACAUAAGUCUCGACCCCGAGGAAGACGUGCAGGACACCGACCUAUUCUCCAAGUUGGGAACCUUCCUAGACAAUGAUCUCGAUCUCGCGGAACGCGAGCAAGUGUUCACGAAGACAAUACCGCGAAUGGUGGAAAGGGCGAAGGCCUUAAAAUCUACGAAACCCCCGCAAGGUUUACACUUCAGUCUCCAGCAGCAAGGUGACAGCGUCGAGUACAGCUAUGCCUUCGUCUCCUCUUUAAUCGCGAACGCGUUCUUCUCGACGUACCCGAAGAGAACCGCAAAGACUCAUCCUACGUUGCGCGAUUUUAACUUUACAAACUUCUUCAGACACCUCCACAAAAACGCACAGAAAGCCAAACUCAGAAGUAUCUUUCAUUACUACAAUUAUCUCGAGACGGAGCACACACUCGACGGACGUUUAAUAAUUUCUAGACAGGUGAUGACGUCUAAGCAGUGGUUGACUAUUGAAGAUUGGCUGGAAAGUAACGUACCCCUAUGUCCGCUGACGAUACGUCACGAGGGACGGUUGGAAAGAGUCGAGUCGGAAUCAAAAGUACUGCAAGUUUGUUUCGCGAAUGCUAAAAUCGGUGGCGGCGUGCUCGAUGGCGAUAUCACGCAGGAGACUGUACAUGUAGCGACGCAUCCGGAGAUGCUCGCCGCGAUGCUAUCUGUCGAGGCCUUAGAAGACAACGAAGUACUGAUAAUCGAGGGUGUCAGGCAUAUGUCGAGGAUAAACGAUCCGCGUCACAAGGCGAUAUUCGAGGGUAUCUCGAAGCCGAACGUGGUAACGGUCUGCUGCAUAGAUCCCGAGGACUACUCGCGAUUGCCGUUGACGCAGUUCGAGGAGGACAACAUUUUGAGAGAGCUGAACAAGUCGCUGCUGGGAUUCCGCCAGAGGUACGUGCCCAGCAGCCCCACGGACCCGAUUAAAAUCGAACCGGAGACGGAGGUCGGCCUGGGAUCGCGCAGAUUGUCGCCGAUCGGCGAGAGCUUCAGCAGCACCCCGCCGGAAACGGAGGGCGAGGACAAGGUUUUCGCGACGAGCAAUAACUCCAAGACAGACAAGCAGCCCCCGCGCGACGAGCGCCAUAGAUUGGAGAACGCGACCGAAGUACGUAGCAGGCCUAACGGUAAAUCGAUAAGACCAUCGAGUCCUCAUAAGGUAUGCAAGGAUGCGAGUUGCACGAACCGGAGAAACCGAUUUAUCGUGCUCGGAUCUAGCGGCGAGGUACUGCCGGUGACGCGACAGCUCGGUCAGAUGUCGGUCUACAGCAGUUGUAACAGUCAGAGUACGGACAGUUUCCAUAGCGCUAAAGAGACCAUUGAUGAGGAACCUGAGGAAGAGGAGCAGAAGGUGACCAAAUGCUACAGCGAGCAGUUAGAUACGCCCGAGAGAAGAGGAACUUUCGCGCAACGACUGAAAGAUGCUCUUAAGCGAGAGAGUACGGCGACGGGAGUUACUUCCUCGAACACCUCCUCCGGCGAGAGCAGUUACGCCGUUGGUAUUAGCGUUAGCGGUAGUCACGUUGGCGAUCAAGACAUCAAGGUGAGAAGAGGAGGUUCGAGGGGAUUCGUUUUGCGGGACGAGACGGUGGACGAGGAGUUCCUAAAAGAGUCUUUAGAAGCAGAGCAAAAGUGGCUGGGCCGAUUCCGGCAGAGUCAAGGUCCCAUGUUUCAGAGGAAGGACACGAGUGCGAGCAGCAAAUAUAGUUUCAGCACUGAGUACAAUUCUGAUUUUUGUUCCGAGCUGGAGGAGGUCUAUGAGCAAUUGUCAAAGUGGCUGGAGGAUCCGAUAGUGGCGGACGAGAACCGGGAGUUGGACGCGAGAGAUCGGGCGGUCGUGCGAUUCGCCGGUUCCCUUCUGAAACGCGCUCUGAGCGAGUCGUUCGCCGGUGUACCGGUCCAGGAGGGCGAGCCGCAGCCGUUCAUCGACGCAAAUGACGUAAAUCAACAGCACAAGCUGGCCUUAGCUGUGAGGAGUCUCAGCUUGGAGCUCGCUCGGCAGAAAAAUCGGAGACAGCAAUCAGUGUCUGAGUCCGAAGGCGUAGAUCGCUACGAGGACGCCUCGUGCGAGAUGGUAAGAGAGGCGAAGGACGCCCAACGUAGGAAACUUUGGGCAGUCACGUUUACGUCGGAAGUGUUCCAAACGUUGGUCGAUGAUCAUACGACCGUACGCCUGUCUACACCGCCCGCCUCCGAGUCUGUACAGACGGCGAACGAGCGUGAAACGCGCGAAGCGAGCACGCUCGGUGUCUCGGAGUUACCGCACGAAAACAGUCCACAAGGAGGAGGCUUAUUGCCCGUGGCUACUGGCAACUGGGGAUGUGGAACUAGAUUGAAAGGCAAUCCGCAAUUGAAACUCGUUAUUCAAUGGCUCGCCUCCUCCCUGGCAGGCACACCGAGACUAAUCUAUUACACUUCUGGCAAUUCUGGCCUAUCCAAGUUAGACACUGUAAGCAGAGUUCUAAUGGACAGACGUUGGUCAGUGGGCGAUCUGGCUGCCGCGACGUUGAGGUACGCCAUGCAUGCGAUCGAGGAACAGGUGGAAGGAAAGAACAGUCUCUUCGAGGAGAUCAUCGGCAUGGAUAAAUCGGGUCCUUAGCCCGACACGAUGCUGUCCGUUCUGGUAGACGUGCUGGCUACUAUGAUCGAGGACAGCCUACUGAAAAACUAAUAUAUCACUAUGUACUCUUCCGCGAGGAGGACAUACAAAAAGAAAAAGAAAAGAAAACGAACGGGUAUAUUUGACUGUAGUUAAACGCAAGGCCGAUAAUUAGCUUUAAUAACUCUAAUUCGUAUAAGCCUAGUCUUAUUGUUAGAUGAACGUGUUAUACGAGUUUCAUUUUGACGAAAGGAAGAUUGAUUCGGUUGUUAUUCUUUUGUUUUUUGUUCGAACUACUAUUCUCGUCUAGCAUAUCAAAAGGAUAUCAUGCAAACUCGCACAAUUCGUUGUACAAGGCAAUAUAUCAAAUAGGGAAAGAUAGGUUGUCGCUGCGAUAUUUUCUAGUCUAUGUACGUAGUGUAUCGUGCUGUCGAAUCAAGUUUGUACUAUAAGGAUCUAAUGGAGAACGAACAUAGCGUGAUAUACCGGACGUUCAGUUGUCGUUAAUGUCACGUUGUCGUAAGACAGCGUGGCAAACUCUCUGCAAUCAUACGUAAUAACGGUCUAGUCAUGUACGAGAGGUCAAUUCUGGGUUUUACUUCGUACAGAAGGCGUAACUGGGAUAUUUACAGUUACAUGCAAUAACUAACGAGGCACAAUAUACUAAACUAUAUUUUGUACAAUAAUAUUUUUAAGUCGUUCUAUACUUUAAGUCAGAGUAUAUACAUAUAUAUAUAUAUACGUAAUAUGCAAAUAGAUUUUUAGAGGGGAAACUUUUAGUAUUUUAUAAUAAAAGAUUAAUGUGUAGGCAAUUUUUUAUGAAGGUAAAACUUAUGUGUAUACAUAAGUCGCUGUAACGGAAUCGUACAUUCGGGUAUAAAGAGUGGGUAAUAUGGCCUACAAAGGAAAAAGUAUGCUUGGUAGUAUGUAAAUCAAUUAAAAUGAGGUCUUCCAUUAUUAAAGCAAAAACGUGUGAAAGUAUUCUAUGAUUUAUAUAAUCUUGCUGUACUUCUCAUUGAAUCUCAAUGAAUGAUAGGAGUGUCAAAAGCAUAUAAAAUAUAUAUGAAGUAUAUAUUAAUAAAUUUAUAUUACAAGAUGGAAUUUUGCAUCUAUAUUCGAAAUUUAUUAUAAUCAUACUUCAAUAUAUAUAUAAUUAGCAAUAUAAAUUUUUUUUAUAAUUAUUUAUAUUAUAAUUUGACUAAAUGCUAAAUCGAUGUUAACGUAAAGAAAAAAAAAAGAUCUCUUGAAACGCAUCACAGUUUUUAUUAAUAUCACACGUUAUUGUUAAUUGAAAUCUGUUAAAACAUACCAUUUAUACAAGACAGCAUUUAAUAAAUAUUACUUCUGAACAACAUUAACGAUAUAAUGUAUGUUUCGGGUGGUUCUUACUUUCUAUCAUUAGCUAUUACAUUUCACUUAAAAAAAAAAAA